UCGCCGCCUAUCCCAGGGCGCGAACGUUCAGCCCAGUUCUCGCGGGAAGAGGCUUUUUUUUUUUAAACGAUAACUUCUAAUCCCACUGACCUCCCCAGGGUCACGUGACGCGCCUGCGUCCUCGCCUCAAGGUCUUUCCGGGUAGUACAGGGGCUGUUAUCUCGUUUACGGGGUGUCGCGAGUUCCCUUCCGGAAGUAGGCCUUUGACUUUCGCUUCCUCAACGGAAGCGUGUCAGAACCUGGCCGUCGAGUCCCUGAGGAAGUUCGUCACGUCGCAGUGGCCUUCGCACAGCGGAUGUGUGUCGCCGCUUAGGUGACGCUGGGAAGUGCUUGCAGCCUCUGCCGCUGCCUUUUGGUUGAAGCACUAUGGAGGGAGAGAGGAAGAACAACAACAAACGGUGGUAUUUUACUCGAGAACAGCUGGAAAAUAGCCCAUCCCGUCGUUUUGGCCUGGACCCAGAUAAAGAACUUUCUUAUCGCCAGCAGGCGGCCAAUCUGCUCCAGGAGAUGGGGCAACGUCUUAACGUCUCACAAUUGACUAUCAACACUGCUAUAGUAUACAUGCAUCGAUUCUACAUGAUUCAGUCCUUUACACAGUUCCAUUGGAAUUCUGUGGCUCCAGCAGCCUUGUUUCUAGCAGCAAAAGUAGAGGAGCAGCCAAAAAAAUUGGAGCACGUCAUCAAGGUAGCACAUGCUUGUCUCCAUCCUCAGGAAUCACUUCCUGAUACCCGGAGUGAGGCUUACCUGCAACAAGUUCAAGACCUGGUAAUUUUAGAAAGCAUAAUUUUGCAGACUUUAGGCUUUGAGCUAACAAUUGAUCACCCACAUACACAUGUUGUAAAGUGCACUCAACUUGUUCGAGCAAGCAAGGAUUUAGCACAGACUUCUUACUUCAUGGCAACCAACAGCCUGCAUUUGACCACAUUUAGCCUGCAGUACACACCUCCUGUGGUGGCCUGUGUCUGCAUUCAUCUGGCUUGCAAGUGGUCCAACUGGGAGAUCCCAGUAUCAACUGACGGGAAGCACUGGUGGGAGUAUGUUGACGCCACUGUGACCUUGGAACUUUUAGAUGAACUGACGCAUGAAUUUCUACAGAUUCUGGAAAAAACUCCAAACAGGCUCAAGCGCAUUCGAAAUUGGAGGGCAUGCCAGGCUGCCAGGAAAACAAAAGCAGAUGACCGGGGAGCAGAUGAAAACACUUCAGAACAGACAAUCCUCAAUAUGAUUUCCCAGAGCUCUUCAGACACGACUAUUGCAGGUUUAAUGAGCAUGUCAACUUCUAAUACCACGAGUACGGUGCCUUCCCUUCCAGUCUCUGAAGAGUCAUCCAGCAACUUAACCAGUGUGGAGAUGUUGCAGGGUGAGCGUUGGCUGUCCUCCCAACCUCCUUUUAAACUAGAACCUGCUCAGGGUCAUCGGACUAGUGAGAAUUUAGCACUUAUAGGAGCUGAUCAUUCCUUGAAACAGGAUAGUUCAAAUGCAUUUAUUUCCCAGAAGCAGAGUAAGAGUGUGCCAUCAGCUAAAGUGUCACUGAAAGAAUACCGUGCAAAGCACGCAGAAGAGUUAGCUGCUCAGAAGAGACAACUGGAGAACAUGGAGGCUAAUGUGAAGUCACAGUAUGCAUAUGCUGCCCAGAAUCUCCUGUCUCACCAUGAUAGCCAUUCUUCAGUCAUUCUGAAAAUGCCUCUAGAGGGCUCAGAAAACCCUGAGCGGUCUUUUCUGGAAAAGGGUGACAAAACAACUCUCAAAAUGAGACUUCCGGUGGCAGGUGGAGAUAAAUCUGCCUCUUCAAAACCAGAGGAGAUAAAAAUGCGCAUUAAAGUUCACACUGCAGGUGACAAGCACAAUUCUGUAGAAGACAGUGUUACAAAGAGCCGAGAGCACAAAGAAAAGCAUAAGACACACCCAUCCAAUCAUCAUCAUCAUCAUAAUCACCACUCACAUAAGCACUCUCACUCACAGCUUCCAGUUGGUACUGGGAAUAAACGACCAGGUGAUCCAAAACACAGCAGCCAGACAAGCACCUUAGCACAUAAAACUCAUAACUUGUCUAGUUCUUUCUCAUCUUCCAGUUCUACUCGCAAAAGGGGGCCUGCUGAAGAGACUGGAGGGGCAAUGUUUGAUCAUCCAGCCAAGAUUGCCAAGAAUACUAAAUCCUCUUCCAUAAAUUUCCCCUUUCCUCCACUUCCUACGAUGGCCCAGUUGCCUGGACAUAGCUCAGACACAAGUGGCCUUCCCUUUUCACAGCCCAGCUGUAAAACUCGAGUUCCUCAUAUGAAACUGGAUAAAGGACCCAGUGGGGCCAAUGGUCACAAUACAACCCAGACGAUAGACUAUCAAGAUACUGUGAAUAUGCUUCACUCCCUGCUCAGUGCCCAGGGUGUUCAGCCUGCUCAGCCCCCUGCAUUUGAAUUUGUUCAUUCUUAUGGUGAAUAUUUGAAUCCGAGAGCUGGUGGAAUCUCUUCCAGAUCUGGCAAUACAGAUAAACCCCGGCCACCACCUCUGCCAUCAGAACCUCCUCCACCACUUCCACCCCUUCCUAAGUAAAGAAAAAGAAGAGAAAAAAACUUCUUUAAAAAACACAAGUUUUUUUUUUUUUUUUGACUACUGAUACUGGACUAAGAAAAUUCCCUUAUGAAAUAUGUCAUCUUGGACUAGGGAAUAAAUUGAUACUGAAAUGUAGGUGGGAGGGUGGUAGAGGGCCUUGGUUAUUAUAUCUGCUGCCUCACACAUUUAACUAUUUUCUUACAGUUUUUAUUGGUAUUAGAGAGGUGGGAAUUGUUGAAGCUGUGAAGGAUUAGGAACACUUUCUCCAUUCUUGGCCUCUCCACCUUCUAAUUAGGUUGAUUGGAGUUGAUAUCUUCCCUCUUCUUACCUGAACUGAAACAGGAGGGUUUGUUUUAUUGAACAAUUGUGGAUCCUUUUGGUGUUUAAUAUAUCAGAAGAGAGGAAGUAUUUAAACGUCAAAAUCUUUUAAGAGACUUUUAAAAAAUAAUUUAAAGAAAGUAAGUUAUCUGUUUAGUUUUUUAUAUAAUUGGGGAGGGUAUAGGGAUUUUGCUGUGUGUAUGAAAUACAUAGCAGUGACUCCUAGGAGAUGGGACUGGAGGGUGGGAAUGUGUGCAGGGUGGGUGGGAGGGUAAGUUUUUGGCCAAGAGUUAAAAAAUAGGCUCAGGCCACUUGAAGUGUUGAGAUUUUUUAGUGUGUAUGUAAGUUGGGUGUGUAUGUUUAAAAAUCAUGUUUUAUCUUUCCCUCCCUGGCACUUAACCAUUUUUACUUCCCAAUAGUCUUCUUGAGAGAACAUAUUGGCCUUGGGAACAUAAAGGAAGAAUCAUGUAUUUGACAUGGUAUUUUUCCCUUUAUGUUAUAAUUGUGUAGUAGCCCUCUAAUUUCUAGUUUGGGCAAAUGCAACCAAUAACCUGACUUUUAACUCCAUUAUGAAAACUUCCUUUUUAUGCACUUUUUUCGUUUUCAUGCAGAACAGAAGUGGGGUUGAGGAGGCAGGGUUGGUGAGCAAGGCCAGCUUCUGCCCUACAGAAUUGGGUGUGUCUUUUUUUCCAAGUUGGGCUUUGGGAAAUUGUUCAACUGAGAGCAGUCUCAGGGUCUCUGAGGAAUGGGGGAUGUGCUGUAUAUAGCCUACCUGUCAAAGCCCAAACCUUAUGGGAAGAUCAUUCUGGGAGAAGCUAGAGGAUACUGAAAACAAUGAAGUUGUGAUUUGGAAUUGUAGGACAUUGUAUCUUAAAUUACAUUAUAAAUGUAAGACUUGCUUUUUAUCUGUAUAUCUGAAGGGAAACAGCUGCAUCCUGAAGUGUUUACAGCCUAUGUGUCUUGAGGUUGGAGCUUGUGGACUUAAAUAGUACUGGUGCCAUGAGAGUGAUCAAGCCUUGCCAACAGAUACUAUUUAGGUUGUUCAUCUUUUGUGGCUUUAGAUUCUGUCUUAGACAGAGGUUCUUAAUGGGAUUUCUAAGAGUUCUUUAAAAAAAAACAGGUCCGGAAUCCUUUUUUUAUGGGGGCUUAAUUUGAGAUAUUGGGAGUGAACAUUUUUGAUGAGGAAAGAAAUCUUGACUGGAAAGAAUUCUGAGUCAGCUGUUUAACUGAAAACCACCUAGUCACAGAUCAUGGGAUAUUCUUUGAUCUUGGCAUUUUUUUUUUUUCUGGAAAAGAUGGUGCAAACUUGAGUUUAUCUUCUUGAUUUUAAUGCAGAUUCCUUUGUGCCACGUAUUUAGGGAGGAAGUUGAGUACUUUUCAUUUGGAAAUCAUAGGAAGACAGGAAUUGUACAUGUGCUGCUGCUUGCCAGGAACAGGUUGAGAAGAAAACUGAGGCAGUUGGAAUUGAUGAUGCAGUGGCCUAAUAUAUAAGGGAGUUUGCAGGAAUGAGUAAACCUUAUCUGAAGGUGAAUAUAUGUUCUAUAUCUCUACAUAUUUAAACUGUCUAGAGUGCUGGGUAAAAUAAAAGAUCUCUCUGCUGACCUGUAAACGAAUAAUACUUCUUGACUUAGAAUGCCUCUUCACUUUUAUAGAUGCCAUCUUCCUCUUCUUGAUAUUUUCUGUGUUAUAUUGGAUAAGUGAUAAAUGUGUGGUUGUAUUUACUAAGUUUAGCCUGUUUAUUUAGAUUUUGUUUGGUGGAGUCUGUUUCCCUUCCUAACUUUUCCAAAAGGGAAUGUGCUGUUUAGUUUGCAUCUGUAUCUUUGUGGAAUUGAUGAUCACUGAUUUGAUUGUGAAAAAUGUCUUUUCCAGCUUUUAUUUAUGACAGAUAUUUUCUAAUCACAUGCACUCCUUCACCACAGAGGCUUAUACCCCCUUGGCCUCAUAGCAGUUCUCCAUAGCCAUACUGUAGUUAAGUUCCUUUGAACUUGGUCAGGAGUGAACUAGAAAAAAAAAUGCUUACUAGGGUCUAAAAACUGUUUUAUGCUUUGUAGUCUGGCAUUUGCACUAGUAGAUCGUUGUUGAUAUAGGUCAGAGACCUUUCUAUAGUAUUGCCUCCUGGUACUGUCUUAAGAUACUUGCUGUGUCCACUUUUAGAUCUGCGUAUGUCAUGAACGUCCUUAUGGGCUCUGCAUGAAGCUGCUCCAUUGUUUUUGGGUUAGCAGAUGUACCUGUCAGCUAGCAUGUGUUUUGUCCAAAGUCCACAAGCUUGAUCAGGUUUUUAAGGGUCGUGUGGUUUCUGAGCUGUGUGUGUCUUGUCUGUCCUCACACUUUGAAAGGGUGAGAAAUGGGAAUUAUAUAUUCCAAGUUUGUCUAGUAAACAUGGCUUUUUCUUAUAACCUAGACUGUCAAGGAUAAGUGACGGUGGUAAAUGGGCCUGGAGCCUAUUGUGUAAAGUUCAUUCCUAACAUUUGCUUACCUCUUAUGUUGGCAAAAACAAAUACCUGUGGAUUGUCCUUAGGGCUUUUAAUCAGAUACCUGUGUUACUGUUAGCGGAACUAAAGUGAAGCAUUAAAUCUAAAGCCAAAUUGGUCUUCUGAAGUAUCAGUUGUACUUUUUGGGUUUAGAAAAUAUUUAGGUGUUAGUCUAGUCUUCCACUCAUGAAUCAAUGUGUUUCAAUAUCAGAGACCCUCAACUUCCUUUUUCUUUUUUAAAAAUGAUUUUAGUGUUUUGAUUUAGUGUAUAUGCUACAUAGUUCUGUAUUGUUGGCUUCACCAGUAUUGAGAGAAAAAAUUUUAACUCUCCAGUUGCAAACAGUAUUGAUUUGGGACAUAGAAAUAAAAUCAUGGUAACAUAAAUGCCGGUUUUCUUAAGCCUCUGCUCCCUAAUUCCCUGUAUUGAAAUGUAUACUCCUCAUACCUAGCUUCUGGACACAGGCAAUUAUAGAGGGGCCCGAUCUAUCCCAGUAUGGUUGGAUUUUAAACAUUUGUGUUUCCGUUAUUUUGGGAACUGAUUAAUAUUUUAAAUUCUUUUCUUUUGUUGAUGAAUUAUUUUGAUACUUAUGCUAGUAAAGAGAGACUCUAGAACAUCUUGAAGUUGGAAUACAAAUAUUAUUCUUCUAGGCUUGGGAGAAUUUAAGCAGUCUAUGCAACUCAUCAGAUGGUGAGAAAUAGCCCUCUGCGGUUCCACUAAGCUUUCAGUGACUUUGAUACCUCCCCAAAUAUCUUGAGUUGCUGCUUGUUAACACCCAGCUUUUAACUGAGUGUUUGCUCCUGAUGGUUUAGUAAGUGUUCAUGUUGUACCACACUGUCAAGUUUUGUCUUUUUAUCCCUCUGUGGAUGUGAGUUUGAAACACGCACGGUACUGUAAAUCCUACCUGAUCGAGUGGUCUGGAAUGACAAUUAUUUUUUAAGGGGGAGAACUCCCCAUCUUAAUGUUUCUGAAGUGUGUAAUAAGAACUUGGCAUUGGAAAAAGGAGAUAAAGAAUGUUUAAAGCAGUAUCUACUCUUCCUCUCUAUGAGUGUGUAUUCAUGGUUGAAUGAAAAGAAAGAUUCUUGGGUUUUGUGUUGCCAUGUUAAGCAUGGAGAGGGAUGCUUGACAGCAUGCUAAUUGAAGCCAGAGCAAGUAUGUCCUUCAUCAGGUAAUCAGAAACUCUUUGAAGCUGAGGAACAAGCUGAUUACUUAUUGAUCAUAAUGGAAUUAAUUACAAAGUGGAAGUGCUGCCUGGCUUAAGCACCCAAAGAAAAUAAUGCAGCAGCCUAACUUAAUGUUAACUUAGUUUUCUGAAUUUGAAACUGACCUUUUUCCCACCCUACUUCACAUACCUAAAACUGUCCGUUUUCUUACCAAAGAGCAAAGAGGAAAAAAAAGUAAACAUACCAAUCUAUGUCACUCAGGUACAAUUUUGUGGUGAGAUUUUUGUUUCUUUGUAGUGCUCUUAAGAGUCCUUUCUCAGCAUAUUAUUCUGCCGUUGCCUCUGUCCUCCUUGGGGUGCCUCGGUUCUGGAUGCUGCCCCUGGGAUCUCUCUACUGCUGUUAAUGUGAAUGAUAGGAUGUAAGUGACCAUUGUAGUAAGGGCUCUUUGUAAAAAAAAUACAGAAAAUUUAAAAAAAAAUUAAAAAGGAUAUAUACAUUUUAUAGUCUGGCUAUCAGUUUGAUAUCUUGCUGUCAAGUAUGUUUCUCAAUCUGUAUUUAUCCAUCCCAUCAAUAAAUGUUAAUGAUAAAACACUCA